CUCCUCCAGGAAUUGAUGCAGCCGGUAAAUUUGAAGGAACCUUCAAAUGUUGAUUCCAUUUUUACCUGUUAUAAAAGGGCAAGACUUGUGCUUCUUUUUGAUCAUCAGUUUGGGGUUGAAUCAACAAGCUCUUCGCAACCCGAAAUCUUCUUGUGGUUGUAGACACACACUGUUACUAAUGGAAGUUGAGAAUGGAGACAAAGCACCAAUGAACUACUUGUUAAAGGUAAAUUCGUUCUCCCAUCUUUCUAUACUAGUUUCCGAAACUACAGAUAAAAGGUGGGAAUCUACAGCUUUUGAAGCAGGGGGAUAUAAAUGGAAGCUGGUUCUUUACCCAGUCGGUGACAAAGCAAGAAAUGGGGAUGGACAUAUAUCUCUCUACCUAAUGAUCGUUGAAACUAGAACUUUACCUCGUGGAUGGACUGUACUUGCUAAUUUCCAAUUUUUUGUGUAUGAUCAUAUUCAAGACAGGUUUUGUACCAUUGGAGGUUCCAAUGCAAAAAUUAGAUGUUUUCAUGCAGUGAAAACUGAAUCAGGAUUUCCAAGAUUACUCUCUCUUGAAGAUUUUAAGGACCCUUCUAAUGGAUAUCUUGUUGGAGACACAUGUUUUUUUGGAGUACAGGUGAUUGUUCAAUACCAUGUUGAAAAUCAAGAAUGUUUGUCAACGUCUAAGGUUGAAGGAAAAGUCUUCUCUUGGAAAAUUAGUAACUUCUCUCAGCAAAAAGAGGAAAUGAUUGAAUCUGAGAGUUUUAUUUCUGGAGGACUUGAAUGGGUUGUGGACCUAUAUCCAAAAGGAAAUCCAAAGACAAAGUCUAGAGGAUAUUUAUCGAUAUAUUUGAAGUUAAAGGAUAGCACUGCUGAGAGUGAACUAGCCUAUGCUCGGUGUUCGCUGGUACUAAAGGACCAGUACUAUGCCAGUUAUCAUCGGUUCUUUACAGGUACUGCAAGUGGCUCUAGCUUCAAAGAUGGAUGGGGUUCCUCUGAGUUGAUAUCCCUAAGUAGUCUUGGGCACUAUUAUCUUGUAGGUGAUACGCUAGUAAUUGAAGCUAAGGUGGAAGCUAUUUCCACAUUGCAGAAAAAUGUGGACCAUGGUGUAAGUAUUUAAGGCAGCUAUAUGACAGUGAUGACAACAGUCUGUACUGUUAGAUAAAAGUUCACUUAUAAGCGCUGAUGUUAGGUACUUCAUGAAUAUGAUGAAUGUAUUGAAAGUUUAUUCGUGUCAACUUGCUUGAUUGCAGACCACAUAUAAAUAGCUCACUGGAUU